AUGCCAAUAGCAAAAGCAAUACGAAAUGUCCACUCAUUUAUAACCACCGGUCUUCGUCCAUUAAUACCAUUUGGAAUAUUAAUUAUUUAUACGUUAAUUGGCGCAUUUCUGUUUAUGAACGUGGAAGGUCCUAAUGAACGUCGUGAUAUUGAAUUACGUCAACGUGAACAACAUGAAUUAUUUGAGGAAGUGGCAUAUCGGAUACAUACUUUGAAAAGAUUAAGUGCAAUGCGAGCUUAUAAUCAAACGAUGAAAGUUUUGAUAAAAUUAACAAAAAAAUUAGGAAUAAAAUAUCUGACAAUAAAUGAUGCUAAAUGGACAUUUUGGGGAUCAAUUUUUUAUUCAUUUACUGUUUAUACAACUAUUGGAUACGGUAAUAUUUAUCCGGUAACAACACUUGGACGUUUGUUAACAUUAAUUUAUGCAUUCAUUGGUAUACCGUUAGCAUUAUUCUCAUUAAUCGUAUUAGGUGGAUUGUUUGCACGAUUUUGCAAAAUGUUAUGGAUGAUGAUAGCGAAAACAUUAGCUCGAUCAUCCCGAUUAGUCUCGAAAGAUCUUGAAAAACAAAUCGAAGAAAAAAUGACAUCAUCAGAAAUCGUUUUAGACGAAUAUGAGGAAUUGCUCAAAUUUCCGGUAUUCGGUUUAAUUUUGAUAACAAUUGUUUGGGUAUUCAUUUGUGCCGGAUUAUUGCUCAUUUUCGAAAAUGAUUGGUCAUAUGGUACAUCACUUUAUUUUAUAUUAAUAUCAUUUACAACUAUUGGAUUUGGUGAUGUCCUACCAAGUCAAUUGGAUUAUAUUGCGCAUAUUGCCUUUUGCUUAUUAAUUGGCCUUGCAUUAGUUUCGACUGUCAUUAAUGUUAUACAGCAACAAAUUGAAGCGUUAGCUAUGGGAAUGGAUAAAAAUAUCGACAAAGAAUAUCAAAAUGCUUUGGAAAAUAUCGGAUUUGAUGAUGAUCGAUUCGAAUAUCAUGCUGAUGAAAAUAAUGAUAAUAAUGGAAAUAAUGAUAAUACUAAUCAGAAGCUAGCAAAAGGUAAUUAA